AUGUAUGGAGCAGAGACACAUGGAGGGUCCAUGUAUGGAGCAGAGACACAUGGAGGGUCCAUGUAUGGAGCAGAGACACAUGGAGGGUCCAUGUAUGGAGCAGAGACACAUGGAGGGUCCAUGUAUGGAGCAGAGACACAUGGAGGGUCCAUGUAUGGAGCAGAGACACAUGGAGGGUCCAUGUAUGGAGCAGAGACACAUGGAGGGUCCAUGUAUGGAGCAGAGACACAUGGAGGGUCCAUGUAUGGAGCAGAGACACAUGGAGGGUCCAUGUAUGGAGCAGAGACACAUGGAGGGUCCAUGUAUGGAGCAGAGACACAUGGAGGGUCCAUGUAUGGAGCAGAGACACAUGGAGGGUCCAUGUAUGGAGCAGAGACACAUGGAGGGUCCAUGUAUGGAGCAGAGACACAUGGAGGGUCCAUGUAUGGAGCAGAGACACAUGGAGGGUCCAUGUAUGGAGCAGAGACACAUGGAGGGUCCAUGUAUGGAGCAGAGACACAUGGAGGGUCCAUGUAUGGAGCAGAGACACAUGGAGGGUCCAUGUAUGGAGCAGAGACACAUGGAGGGUCCAUGUAUGGAGCAGAGACACAUGGAGGGUCCAUGUAUGGAGCAGAGACACAUGGAGGGUCCAUGUAUGGAGCAGAGACACAUGGAGCAGCUGGGAUGGGAGAUGGGCGGCAAGGGGACAUGGGCGGCAAGGGGAGAUGGUCGGCAUGGGGAGAUGGGCGGCAAGGGGAGAUGGGCGGCAAGGGGAGAUGGGCGGCAAGGGGAGAUAACCAACAGGGGAGAUGGAGGGCACUGGCAUCAGCUCAGCUGUAG